UUCAUUCGAUGCUAACACCACUGACAGCUUCGACAAGUUUUCAAUGUUGAUGUGGGGGUCCCAAGUUAGAACAGAAGAAGCUAUAAUCGAUGUGAUUAUCCAAUACUAACCGUAACAUGGCCCGUAGUGGUUCCGUUUCUGGGGUGGAGUCCUCUGCUAUUGGGCUCCUGUUGAGGGCAGUGGAAAUGGAUGGUGCGAAGAGAUUCACAGAAGCCCUUGUCUGCUAUCAGGAAGGACUCAAUCUCUUACUGGAAGUUGUCAAAGGAACAACAGAGGAGAGAAAGAAACAGCAUUUGAGAACAAGAAUGGUUGAAUACAUGGACAGAGCUGAAAAGCUUAAGUUAUUUAUAGAGAAGGAAAAAGAAUCUGGGAACUACCAUGAACAACUCCGUAUUGAAAAUGACAGUGCAGGCAACAGCUUUGAGAAAGUCUUUGGCAGAUUUGUUAAUGAAGACUUGACCUAUGUUGAGAUAGAGGAUCCAUACGUGAGAAAUGUUCAUCAGAUUCACAAUUUCUUACGAGUUUGUGAGCUGCUCAUCAAACUAAAAAGUAAAGUGAGGAAAAUCAAGUUAUUGACUGGGGAAGAUGAGGGUGCUAAACAACAGAAGGACAGAUUUGAAGAAAUACGGAGGAGCCUGCACAAAUACAAUAUCGAAUUAGUUGUUUCUUACUCCUCAACGUUACAUGAUCGAGAAAUAAGGUUCAACAAUGGAUGGAUAAUAAAGAUUGGUCGUGGAUUAGACUACUUCAAACUAGGGGAUGGAAAGUUUGCAGUUGGAUACCUAGAUAUGGACUUGAGGCCAUGCCAUGAAACAACAGUGGAUAUUUUUCAUCAGAAAAAUCUAAAACAAUUAGGCGCUACAGGCACAUGAUGGAAUUAGCUCAGACCUGAAAUGAACUCAACUUAUCAUGUAACCAAAACAGGUGAAAUUCACACACAUUAGGCCUUAACUGCAUCUAAAAGCAGGCAAGAGGACUAACUUAUACAUAAUGGACUUCAUAUUUCCCAAAAAUAUCAUGGUUUUCAGAAGUUAGCUUUGGUGUAAAUAUAUUCUCAUUAUCAAAAAGCUUGUGUAAGCUGUGUCUUGAUUGUCAUGGUGCAUGCAUGGUCUUGAAAUAAGCUUGUUAGGUUACAGCUGCCAUUGUGUAUAAUUGCUUUUAUU